AUGCGGCGAGCUACGGGUUCAGCGGCCUUGGCUCUCUCAGCCAUCGUCUCGCUGGCCGCAGCCGUGACUGAGAGUUAUUCCGGGCAGUAUCCUGAUCUUUGCCCAAGAGCUUGUGAAGAAGCCGGCCCGGCGCCUGGAAACUGGACAAAGGUUCAUCACUUGGAUGAGCUGUCUAGCUGCACAAAGGACCUGGUCUUUGACCUCAACGUCCACAACUCCGUCGAUGACCCAACCACGAUUCUCACUAUUCGUGCUUGUACCUCGACUGGCCACGAAACAUUCGACACUGAAUCUCAGUUCAUUUCACAGGAUGAGUCGUCGGCAAACUCCACCCAGAAUGCCCUUGUCAUUUCCAACGACUGCGGUGCCAAGACGACAAAGUCCUACCUGACGCCUCGUGUGGGAGGCCCAAUCACUUCGGGUUCCAGCUUCAACACGACAGACAUCCCCUCCGCUGUCGGGAAACUCAAGAGCUUCAUGGAAAAGGGGGCUCAGUGUGGAAAGUCUAUUCUAUUUGCCAAGUCGGGCAAUGCUGUGGUCGGCCUGUACUCUGGCUCUCAGAUUUCCAAGAGCUCUGUGCCCAGUCUGCUUGACGAAUUCAGCAAGAAGCUGGAGCAUGGCAGCUACUCGAUGGAGAUUUGCUCCGAUAAGCAAUCUUCAGACACUUUUGGCGCUGCUGCUGGAGAGUUCAAGAGCCUUGCGACUGUGCAAGCCGCAGUCAAGGGCUGGGUGGACGGCGAGUGUCUCGGUCAAGGCAGCGAUGUUGCCCCGAUUGAGCUCGAAGUUUUCGUCUCUACUGUAGGCGGAAACUCUACCGGAGCUUCCAACAGCACUAUGACUAGUCGAGCCUCUUCCAUGCGUCUCCCAAGAGGCGACUGCAAAACGCAGCAGGUCCAGGAGCACGACAGCUGCGCCGCCGUGGCGAGCCGAUGCGGCAUCUCCGUCAGCGAUCUCCAAAAGUACAACGGCGGCGCCUCCGACUUUUGCAACAAGCUGAUGCCUAAGCAGCACGUCUGCUGCGGACCGGGGACCCUGCCCGACUUCCGUCCGCAGCCGCAGCCGGACGGCACGUGCCACACGUACAAGAUCAACCCGGACGAGACGUGCUACCUCAUCGCCGACGCCAACUACCUCAAGGCGGACGACAUCGAAGGCUUCAACAAGAACACCUGGGGCUGGUCCGGCUGCGAGCACCUGCAGCCCGACCAGAUCAUCUGCCUCAGCAAGGGCGACCCGCCGAUGCCGGCCCCGAUCGCCGACGCCACCUGCGGCCCGCAGGUGCCGGGCACCAAGAAGCCGACCGACGGCACCAAGCUGGCCGACCUCAACCCGUGCCCGCUCAACGCCUGCUGCGACGUCUGGGGCUUCUGCGGCACGACCGACGAGUUCUGCACGGCGACGCCCUCGGACACGGGCGCCCCCGGCACGGCCAAGCCGGGCACCAACGGGUGCAUCUCCAACUGCGGCCGGAAGCUCGUCAACAACGACAAAGCCCCGGACGAGUUCCGGAGGGUCGGCUACUACGAGGCGUUUGGCAGGAACCGCGAUUGUCUCAACAUGGAGGUGACCGCCGUCGACACGGACAAGUACACGCACAUCCACUUUGCCUUUGCGACUGUCACGUCCGCUUUUGCGGUGGACAUCUCGGACUCCAAGGACCAGUUUGACAAGUUUGUCAAGAUGGACAAGAUCAAGAAAGUCCUGUCGUUUGGUGGCUGGGAUUUCUCGACCAAGCCAGAGACCUUUCAGCGGUUCCGAGACGCCACCAAGCCGGGUAACCGAGACGCGUUUAUUGCCAGCUUGGUCGAUUUCGUCGGUCAUAAUGCGAUUGAUGGGCUCGACUUUGACUGGGAGUACCCUGGUGCACCUGAUAUCCCCGACAUUCCGCCCGGUGAUAAGGGCGAGGGAGACAACUACCUAGACUUCCUCAAAGCUCUCAAGGCAAAGAUGCCUAGUGGCAAAACCAUUUCCAUCGCCCUGCCUGCUUCAUACUGGUACUUGAAGCAGUACCCGGUCAAGAAGAUGGCCGAUGUGGUGGACUACUUUAUCUACAUGACUUAUGAUUUGCAUGGACAAUGGGACGUUGGCAACAAGUAUGCUACGCUUAACUGCCCCUCGGGCAAUUGUCUUCGCUCUCACGUCAAUAAGACCGAGACAAUGGACUCCCUCAUCCUCAUCACCAAAGCCGGCGUAGAGUCUCGCAAAAUCGUUGUCGGAGUCAGCAGCUACGGAAGAAGUUUCCGAAUGCAGGACCCGUCAUGCUCCGGGCCCUUGUGCUUCUACACGGGCACGCGAGACCACUCUGAAGCGUACAAGGGCCGCUGCACAGUCACCUCUGGCUAUAUCUCCAACGCAGAGAUGGCAGAAAUCGUCGAACUCCAGUCGUACUCGACGGUCAAGCAGUACUACGAUAAAGACUCGGACUCUAAUGUUCUCGAGUAUGGAGACGGCAAUGCCAUCGACUGGGUGGCGUACAUGGACGAUGAGACCAAGGCCUCUCGAUCAGACUGGGUCAAGGGUCUCAACUUUGCUGGAACCUCGGACUGGGCCGCGGAUCUCAACAGCUUUGAUGGCGAUGACUUUUCAGAUGCGGGCAUGCCGGAUGUUCCAACCACAGACCUUGACAACAUUGACUGCGAUCCGGAUCUGAACCCGGGCAACAUGAAGGACCUGAGCGACAAGGCAGACAGCUUGCCGGUGCGCUGCCAAUCGCUCUUCGCAUUGGACAUUCUCAUGAACGCGCUCGAUGACAGCCUCUCUCUGUUCAACGUCAACUCCAAGGACUACGAUGACAAGUUUGGCUACUACGAGCAAUGGGUCAAGGACGGCAUCGACGACCGCCUUCGCGAGUUCCUCAACUUCCGCAAGGACGUCAAGGACGCGCCCGGCCUCGACUUCUUCGACUGCAAGUACACCUGGGGUAGGAAGACGGACACCACCUCGUGCACGGGGAUGCCGCACUUUUGGGACUACAACGACGUGUCGUGGACGGUCGAGUUCAUCCUCAAGGACGAGAAGGGCUUCUACGACUCGCUGGUCGAGAACACGGGCGUGGACAAGGACUGGAUCAAGUUCGGCACCCGGGACGACGGCUACGACUGCGCGGACCCGGGCAUCGACGAGCCGCGGCGGCCCGGCGGCGGCGUCUCGCCGCCCUGCCGGCGCAUCAAGCACACGUACCAGAACUUCCCGAUGAAGAAGAGCGACUCGGACAUCCACGUAGGCAACCCAAAGGCCAUCAUCGAGGCGUCGAUGAGCAACAUCACGGCGCUCGGCGACUCGCUGCUCGCCGGGUACGGCUCCGUCGGCUUCGGCGUGUACAGCGAGGGCAACCCGGACGCGUCCGAGAUCGACGCCGUCGUCGCCUACGCCAUGCCAGUCUUCCAGCUGCAGCAAGCCGUCGAGAGCAUGAAGGACAUCAAGGACAUUGGCGAGAAGGCCAAGGAGGAGAAGCGCAAGCAGCUCAUCCUCACCAUCCUCACCUUUGUCUUCAUGGCCCUGCCGUUCGUCGGCGAGGCGCUCGGCCCCAUCGUCGGCAGCGCGGCGGCGCUCGCCCGAAUCGCGCUCAUCGUCUCCGAGGUCGGCAACGCGGCCGUCACCAUCGCGGACAUUGUCGGCGACCCGACGUCGGCGCCGUUUGCGAUCCUGGGGCUGAUCGUGGGCGUCGGAGGAGGCACGGGCAAGGUGACCAAGGCGGAGGGCCUGGGCAAGGCGGCGGCGGCGCGGGCGAUCAUGAAGGACGGCGACCUGGCCAAGUUUCCGGCGCGCUUCAGGGAGCUGGACAGCCAGGUGCAGAAGAUUGUGAGCAAGACAAAGGACAAGGUGUGCCACCUCAAGUUUUGA